UGCUCUGCCUACUAUAAAAGUCAAACCGUUGUUUCGCCAUUUCCCUCCAUAUUUACUAUCCUUUUCAAACCGAACCCUAACUUUAAGUCUCUGUCGUUCUCUUCCUUGCGGCGGCGCCACCACGACAACCGCCAUCAUGGACUUCUCACCGCCUCCGAUUGACGACGGUUUCUAUGCCGAGAAGCUUUUCAACCAAGGCUACUCCUAUACUUACGAUGACGUUAUCUUCCUCCCUCAUUACAUCGACUUUCCAACUGAUGCUGUCUCCCUCUCUACGCGACUCUCUCGCAACAUAGACCUCUCCAUCCCUUGUGUUGCCUCACCCAUGGAUACUGUCACCGAGGACUACAUGGCCGCCGCCAUGGCUGCUCUUGGAGGCAUCGGUAUUAUUCACUCCAACUGCACGCCCUCCGACCAGGCUGGUCUCGUUGCCUCAGCCAAGUCGCGCCGCGUUCCGAUCUUUUCAUCAAAUUCGGUAAUUUUUAGGACGCCGGACGCUUUUAUUGAUGACAUAAUGGAGUUUGGGGAUUACAAUCAUCUUUUUGUCACUGAGUCAGGUACUGCAAGAUCCAAAAUAUUGGGCUGUGUGGCAAAAUCUGAUUGGGAGAAUUUGAAUGAUAAGAAAGUAAAAGUUUUCGAUUAUAUGCGUGAUUGCAGCUCCAAGGUUUAUGUCCCCUCGGAAUAUGAUUUGUGUCAAAUUAGUGAAGUUUUGGAGAAAAAUGAGCUUGAUUUUGUUGUUUUGGAGAGUAAUGGUGAGGUGUUAGAUGUGGUUUUGAAGGAGGAUGUGGAGAGAAUACAAGGUUAUCCAAGAUUGGCAAAGGGCACAGUGGGACCUGAUGGAAAGUGGAUGGUGGGGGCAGCAAUUGGGACUAGGGAAUCCGAUAAGCAGAGGCUAGAGCAUUUGGUGAAGGCUGGGGUGAAUGUGAUAGUGUUGGAUAGUUCCCAGGGUAAUUCAAGUUAUCAGAUUGAGAUGAUUAAGUAUGUGAAGAAGACAUAUCCAGAUUUGGAUGUGAUUGGUGGAAAUGUUGUGACAAUGUAUCAGGCACAGAAUUUGAUUCACGCUGGUGUGGAUGGGCUAAGAGUAGGGAUGGGAUCUGGGUCCAUAUGUACAACACAAGAGGUUUGUGCUGUUGGGCGAGGACAGGCAACUGCUGUUUAUAAAGUUUCAUUUAUUGCUUCACAAAAUGGUGUACCUGUCAUCGCUGAUGGUGGUGUUUCAAACUCUGGACAUAUUGUCAAGGCUUUGGUCCUGGGGGCAUCUACUGUAAUGAUGGGAAGCUUCUUAGCUGGAAGUACAGAGGCUCCUGGAACUUAUCAGUAUAAUCAGAAAGGCCUCCGGGUAAAAAAAUAUCGAGGCAUGGGUUCCCUUGAAGCAAUGACUAAGGGGAGUGAUGCUAGAUACUUGGGUGAUACAGCCAAGCUAAAGAUUGCUCAGGGGGUUGUUGGAGCUGUUGCAGACAAAGGUUCUGUUUUAAAGUUUAUACCAUACACAAUGCAAGCAGUCAAGCAAGGGUUUCAGGAUCUUGGUGCUUCUUCUCUGAAAUCGGGUCAUGAGCUUUUGAGGUCAAGAACACUAAGGCUGGAGGUCCGAACAGGAGCUGCACAAGUUGAAGGUGGAGUACAUGGGCUGGUUUCAUAUGAAAAGAAAUCCUUUUGAGAUUAAAGUUGUUCUGCGACCUGUAAUCGCAGCUGAGAAUUUUUUUCGGUUUCUGAUUGAUGCAUUAGUAAGAACAGUAAUCAAGUAGAAUUGGUCAACAGAAGAUUUGGUGCAAUUUGUUUUGCGCUUAUGCGACGUUACUGAUGUUUCAGCCAGGGCGGUCAAGAAUCAAGAAUCCUCUUAUGAGAUAUUUUAUCUAUUUCAAAUCCCCUUUGAAGGUGAGAUUAUGUUCAAAUUAGUAUUGUCCUUUGGCUUUUCUUUUAAUUUGUGAUGUAAUAUUAUGAACGAUUGCGAUUGCCCUGCCUUUCAAUUUCCAUCAACAGAAAUAAAUUUGACUUUUCUUUUGGAUCUUA